AUGGUCACCCCGGUGCGGACGUUCGCCGGAGCUCCUGCGAGACGGGAGAAGGUGCGGCGCAUCUUCGAGCUCUUCGAUGCCGACGGCGACGGCGCCCUAGGCCGGUCGGAGUUGUCGGCGCUCGUGGCUGCCGUCAACCCCGGCGUCGUCUUCACAGCCGACCAGCUCUGCUCAGUCCUCGACGCCGUCUUCCGCUCCUACGCCGGCGCCGCUGACGCCGACCGCCUCUCCCUCGCCGGCCUCCUCCGCUCCUACGACGACGGCGCCGGCGACGUCGACCGCGACUUCGCCGCCCUCUUCCCCGACCUCGCCCCAAGCCCUAAGCCUAGCCCUAGCCCUAGCCCUAGCCCCAAUGGUCCUCUCAGCCCCCUUGCCUCCCCCAUCCACGAGAUCGCCUUCGACUCCACCCGCGCGGCGGUGGCGCGGCUGGAAGCCCUAAUCAAGAACCGCGAUGGGGGAUUCGCGAAGGGGUUGAGGGAGAUCAGGGCGAAUCUCGACCGUUCGGGAGCGGUCGAGGCGGCGUCAGAGGGCCACGUGGCGAUCGGCCGCGCCCUCUUCCGCGCGCGGCUUCUCCCCGACGCCGUCGACUGCUUCCGCCGCGCCGCGGAGCUCUCCCCCGCGGACCCGCGCGCGCACUUCCGCCUCGGCACCGCGCUCUCCGCGCUGGAUCGGCCUCGCGACGCCCGGCGCAGCCUCUCCGCCGCGCUCGAGACGGCGUCGGCGGACGCGCUGCGCUGGCAAGCGCUCCUCCCCCAGAUCCGCGUGAACCUCGGCGUCGUCCUCGAGCGCGAGGGCCUCCUCCUCGCCGCGGCCGAGCACUACCGCGCCGCCGCGCGCCUCUGCCCCACCCACUACCGCGCCCUCAAGCUUCUCGGCAGCGCCCUCUGCGGCGCGGGGGAGCACCUCCGCGCCGUGGCCGCGCUGGAGGAAGCGCUCCUCCUGAAGCCGGAUUUCCCGGAC